UCUUCGUGAAACAAGGAGUACGUUUCGUGAAUAUCUACACGAAGAUAAGUGAACGUAACCUCGCGGAGAGACAAGUGCCUAGAGGUAUGUGCGUAGGCACGAUACGUAGCGAUAAGCGUGCGACGCUAUCGGUAACGAAAUACGUAACAUGCGUACAAGCAUACAGGUAGGUAUCGGGAAAGUCGUCUAGUUUAUUUUAAUUUCGCGGCGCUAAUUGGUUGGAAUCGUCGGGAAAAUACGAUACGGUGAACCAAUGAAGAAGAUACGCACGGAGCGAGAAAAAUGGACGAGGUGAGACACGCGUGGGCUUCCUUCAAGUCCGGGAAAAAUUUGUCGUUGUCGACCGUUCCCAGCGCUAACGACAACAAUUCGUCCACGAUCUGGUACGACGUUCCGGUGCCAGUGAUAAUUCACUGUCGCGACUUUUCGGACGUAACGAAAAUCGACGAGCCCGAGAAAACCGGCGAUCCUAGGAUGGAAGUUAUCGCGACCGGCGCGAAAGAAGAACGAUUCUAUCGGAAGAACGAGGAGGUCUCGAGAAGCCUCCGGAGAGAGUACAACGAACCGCCGAACGUCGAUCUUUCCGACGGGAAAAGCUUGGAGCAGAGCAAACCCAGAGACAAGGAGAAACGGCACAGAAACACCGUGGAAUUGACCGCGGUCUCUUCGGUGAAAACCGACGAGGACGGAGUGCCGACCAUCGAGUUCAGUUUCUUACACGCGGACGAGAAACUCCGAACCACCGAUUCCGAUGAAUCCGCGACAGGCGGGGCCGCAACCGCGAACACGAACGCGAACGAAACGCGGACGAACGACGACGAUCAAAGUCAGCUGUACGAUUUUCCGAGAAAUUCGAAAUCGUGCGUUCCCGAGGAAACUGAAAUCGAAAUCGAAACCGAGAAAGUAGUAGAAAGUCCCGGCGAGGCAGAUGCGACGACGAGCGGUGGUAACGAAAUUCACGGCACGAUCCGGGAGGAAUUCGACGCGGAAUCGGCACUCGUACGGAACGAGACGCACGGAAACGCGAGCGAUUCGCCGACAGGGUCAGCGGCUACAUUAGACGGUACGUCCGAUCGAGUUAUCGCGUUGGAGAAAGUAAUCGGACAAACGACGACAAUGACGAUGAUCUCGAAAAUCGAUUCGGCCGCCGAAACAAAGGACCGAGACGACCGGAGGAAACGAUCGGUCAGAUCGUUGAAAUCAGGUAGAAAAAGUUACGGCACCUCGGAUAACGACGAAUACGACGCGGGAAUCGCUUCUAUGUCGGGUUUCGCUCUUUCGAGCGUGGCGACUCGUCGGAUCGGACGCUCGAAGUUGCAGAAACACCGAUUCGGGAAAGCAUGGGAGAAAAUGAGAUGCUGGCUGCGCGAGGAGACCUCGAGAAUCAACGAGGUGGUGAACAAGCAUGCGAGGCUGCAAGCAGUCGGUGCCCUCGGGGGCGAGGCCCGUGUCCCGAGCAUCUCCACCGGCAAAAUCGGUAAGCACGCGUCUUACGAUCUCACCAAGGCGAGGACAGGGGAGUUGGGAUCGAUCACCAGGGUCGAGGAGUUCGGUCUGACCUCUGUCGCGGAGGAGAACGCGACGCGUGCGGCUGAGAGGAACACGAACACGAAUACAUUUGGCUCGAGAGAAAUAACAGGCAGCUGCGACGAUGUCGAGCUUUUUUCCGACGACGAGACCAACGAACGUGUCGUCGCUACUCCGGUUUCCCCAGGCACGAAUAAACCCUGUUCCGACACAGAAAACGAGGAGGUAGACGAUGCAACCGCGGCGGGAGUGGCGGGACCCGAGACCAAGGAUCGUGCUCGAAAAGCUGGCCUGAUUAAGAAGAGAAUGCUGGGGUCAAUCAGAGGGUUAAUGGCCUCCACUCAUCUACUUCACGUUCACGAGACCGACGAGGGAGGACAAGGUGGAUUCGAGGAUGUCCGGAGGUACGUGAAACAGGGUGGUGAUUUCUGCAAGGAACUGGCGUCGAUUCUUCACGAAAGGGCGGAAUUGGAAGCAACCUAUGCCAAAGGACUCAGCAAGUUGAGUAGCAAGUUAACGAAAGCGUGCGCGAAGGAUCAAGGUGGAAACAGCAACGGAGGCGUGAACGAGGCAUGGAGAUGCGUCGGCGAGGAGAUGGAGGCUGCCGCGGAAGCCCACAGAGUGUGGAGCAUCACGCUCAGCGAGCAGCUCGCCAAACCGCUCCGAGUGGGAGUAGCGGAGGCUCAGGGACGCUCGCGGAAAUCCAUCGAGAAUUCCGUUGACAAGGCUGGAAAAUCUCUCCACGAGUGGCGGAACAUCGCGGCAAAAACUAAAAAGCAAAGUUUCGCCUGUGCCCGGGAGAACGAGAGGCUGCAGGACCUGGCGAGGUUACAAUCGAUCAGCCAGAGCCAACAGAGCAACAACAAAUCGUCGAACCAUCAUAUGACGGAGAAGGAGGCGAGCAAGCUCGAGGCGAGGAGGAGAAAGGCCGAGGACUCGUCCCGUAGGGCGGAUACGGAGUUUUACACGGUGAGCGUGAGAGCCGAGAGAGCCAGGCUCGAAUACGAAAGCACGGUGAGAAAAGGAGCCAAGCAGAUGGAACUUCUCGAAGAGGAACGAUUAAGCGCUCUGAAGGAUCUAGCGAACGUUUACUUGGCGCACCUGCAAGCUCUCGCUCCCCGUCUGCAACAGAGCGCGGACCGUUUGGUGGGACCUGCGCGUAACUGCAACGUGCCUCAGGACAUCGAGAUCCUGAAGAAUCUUACGCGCAGAGUGGAGAGUAACGAGGGAUGUAGUUCCGAGCAACUGCUGCCGGACUUUUAUGCCGAGCAUGUUACUCUCGCGAUGAACAGGGAACGUCGAAAGCAAGCAUUGGUCAGAGUUCUUCAUUUGAUUAGGCAGGAUCUGGAACGAGAAAGACGCGGAAGGGAGGGUCUGGAAACGCUUCACAGAGCUUUCGUCGCAACGCCGGCGUUCGCCGCGGACGAGAGUACGCAGAACGUGACGGAUAAAUUGCAUCACAUGCGCUCCAUGUUGUUGUACCUAGAGGCAGCGAGGUAUAAAGUCGGUGGAACGUUGGCGGAAGUGGAAGGUAGUAAACGAGCCAAGCAUCCCUUGGCGGACCACAUUUUGGUUUCGAGAGACAAGCAGGGACUGCAGCAGAGCGUCCUUAAGGUUCCUUCUUGGGCAAAGAACGAAUCGUUUGAGUUUCAGGACGACGAGGACGAAAUCGAAGUUCAUCUCGCGAAGGAUCACGAGACCGAGAGUCGUCAUUGGGCCGAUCGAACAGCCGGCGAUGGGAACUCGGAGAAUCCACCCGACGAGGAUGAUUUCAGCGACUUCGACGAAUUUAGCAGCCAUUCCGAGGACAAUAACAAUCAAGAGGUCGACGGCGCCGAGACUGCCAGUAAAAUCGACAGCUCGGCGGAACAGUGUAGAGCGAUCUAUCAGUACUCGGCGAAUCUAAACGACGAGCUCAGCUUAAGCCCCGGAGACUUGAUAACGGUGCAUCAGAAACAACCGGACGGGUGGUGGAUAGGCGAGUGCAGAGGACGAACUGGUAUAUUUCCAGCCACUUAUGUACAGGUUAUUCAUUGAUCCGUUACGGAGCUUUUUAGUUCUCUUAUUUUUCUCGACCGGAAAAAGAACUGUAUAAAGAGAAAGAAUCGUACGAGUCGCAAUCGAACAUCAAUUGUGUAGUUAAGUUGUUGCGAUUCGAUGAAUUCGCCAACCGAACGACGGUAAAAGAAUGCGAUCGAGUCGAUCGGAAAGCUACCAAAGCACACUUGAAUCUCAAGUGUGACACGUUUCUUCAAACGUUAACCUCGACUGUUUAGGUUACAUUUUCUUUCGUUUUCCACUUAAAUUUCAUUCACGCGCGACUUCGAAAGACCAGGCUUUUUUUCGGGUUGGCGCCGAACAAGUAAUUUUCGUAGUUACGAUUGCGCCCUGGGGAUCGAAUAAAAUCUAGAGAAUUAUACAUAUACGUAUUGUGAUUCGCACAACUUUAUCGCGAUUAUACAAAAAGAGACAUACUUCUUUCUAGAUACAUACGCGUUACUCAAGUGCCAAUAAUAGCAUGCUUAAUCACCGUGCAAAAAACACGUCGGACUUGUUAAAAAAGAUAAACAAGUAUAAAAUAUAUUUUUACUCGGACGAUCAACUAAUUUAUUAAUUAAUUAAUUCAGAAGAUAUUUAUACAACGAAGUAUUAUUAUUUCCUGUGUUUCUUAGGACUCACGUCUUGUAAUUUACAACUAAUUUAUAAUAGUAUGUAAUUGAAAGUAGAAAACUGCGACACGACACUAUUUUUACGUUAAAAUACUUGAUCCGAGUCACUAUGCUAUAAUCUACGUAUACCUAUCUAUAAGAGAAUUGACGAGACAAAAUAGAUUAACGGUUUUUUUUUACUUUUGCGAUAUCUAAAGAUAUUUUCUUGCGAUUAGUCUAUCGCGUAUGAAACGUGGUACCGUAAAAUGUACAUAAAUCCUUUUCCGAAUCAACUUGUAAAUAGCUUUUGAAAUGUAACAAUAAUUUCCGCAUAGCAUAACAUGUAAUGUCUAUUGAAAGUAAGAC